AAAAACUCAAUCACUUUCUAAAUUGAUCAAAUGUGUAGAAAACUUGGGAUUUUGGCUCAGAAAAAAUGUCCAAAUUUAAAGCGAAGCUUUAGUUGUUGAUUCAGGUGAGAGCAAAUGGAGCUUAAUGAUUCCUGACUUCAUCCAGUCUCGUCUGGACAUCUUCCUGUUCGCUGAUGUUUUCUUCGUGGAUUUUUACCUUCUGUCUGUGCUGGACUCUGGUUCACGGUGGCCUCCAUCUAAUUGGUUCCUCUCAGCCAAUCGUAGCUGCUCCUGGAGAUGAUGUCAUCCUCCCGUGUCGGGUGGAUCCUGAGUGGAACGCCGUGGGGAAGACGGUGGAGUGGUCCCGACCGGACCUGAGGCCGUCCGGCCCUCAGAAGCGUGUGGAGUACGUGUUUUCUACAGGAAGAGGAAAAUAUGUGAUUUUAGACGAGAAGAGAAGCUCGACUUUGUACUGUGAACUGAAGCUAAUUUUCUAAGAUUGAUUUUAAUUUAUUGCACUUUAUUUCUGUUUAACGUCUCCAUGUUUGAUCUGGUAUCAUCAGUUUGAUGUGUUUAAUUUAUUUUGGAUCCUGCUGUCUGAGCAAAUGUUGCAUCUUUGAAACAUGAACCUUGAAUAUUUGUUACAGGAGACCUGCAGAGCAGAUCAGGCUGUGAAAUGUUAGGAAAUGUUUUAAAUGUGUGUGUGGAGAAAACAAGUGUGAUGUAGAACUUUUUUCAUUAAUGCAGUAACAUAUUAUUUGCACUUCUUUUGUCGUCUGUAUUUUAAUGUCUGCACUAAACACUAAAACAAA